GCGGCCUGUGAUGAGGGCGCGCUGAGGCUGCUGCAGCGGCGGGCCACGGCGCUGCCGGGCGGGGACUGCGACCCAGGCCAGGGGCGGCCAGGCGCGGGGAUGCCGUGCCUGCCCUGCCACGAGGGCAGCUGGUCGGGUGGCCAGAGCUGUGUGAGCUGCGUGCCGGGCCGCUGGAGUGGCGAGAUAGGCGCCACGGACGCGGCGACGUGCGCGGAGUGCCCGGAAGGGACCUGGAGCAGCCAGGUCGGGGCCACAGCGCAGGAGGCCUGCAUGCCCUGCCCCGCGGGGCGCUGGAGCAACGGCUCGGGCCUGGGCUCCGUGGGCGAAUGCAGCGACUGCCCGGCGGGCCGCUGGAGCGAUGCGGAGGGCGCCACGAGCCUGGAGACGUGCACGCUCUGCCCGGCGGGCAAGUGGAGCCAAGUGAAGGGCGCCCAGAAGGACCUUUGCUCCGAUUGCACGGCCGGGCGCUUUGGCACCCAGGCGGGCGCUCCAGCGCUGGCGUCCUGCGCUCUGUGCCCCCGUGGCACUUACAGCGACAUCAUAGGCGCCAGCGAGGCCGCCCAGUGCCUCCAGUGCCCUGCGGGGAAGAUCGGGGAGGGCACGGGCAGCGUGAGCCCGGAGAGCUGCUCCGAGUGCCUCCCUGGCAGGUGGAGCAGCGUCGUCGGGGCCGGCUUCCUGAGCAACUGCACCAAGUGCCCGCGCGGCACAUACAGCAAUGCCACAGGGGCGACAAGCAGCGGCUCCUGUGUGGCAUGCCCUGCAGGCACAUAUCAGCCCAUCGAGGCGGCGGCGGAGUCGGGGCUGUGCGUGCCCUGCGCGGUCGGCAACUUCUCGGCGAGCAUUGGCGCGUCCAGCUGCGAGCGCUGCCCGGAAGGCACAUGGGGCAAUGGCUUCGCCUUCACCGCCUGCCACGCCUGUCCGGAGGGCACCUGGACGAACGGUCCAGGUGCGAUCCGGAGCGACCUUUGCAACAGCAGCAUCGUACCGCCAACCACCACCACCACAACCACAACCACCACGACUACGACGACCACAAGUACAACGACCAACACAACCACAGCUGCAGCGACGAGCUCUGCAGCUACCGAGACUGAGACUACAAGCGCAGCCAACGAGAGCAGCAGCGUUGCUGCUACGGAAAGCACCACCGAAAGUGCGGCAGAAAGCGACACCGAAAGCACCACAGAAAGCAUCAUAGAAAGCACCACAGAAAGCACCACAGAAAGCACCACGGCCGCCCCUCAGUGCUCCCGUGUCUUCGAGCGCUGCGGGGGUACUGCAAAGGGAGGAUGGGAUGGCCCCACCUGCUGCGAGCGGGGCUCCUUUUGCGACGACCGACGGGAGGAGUAUUGGCAGUGCCUCCCGGCGAAGACCGACAACGAUUGCGUCGGGUUGGGGGAGCAAUGCGGGGGCUUCCACUACUACGGACCCACUGAGUGCUGCCUUGCCUCCAAGAAAUGUGUGGAGAAGAGCGAGUACUACUCGGUCUGCGAGUGA